AUCAUCAAGUUAUUGUCACGUGACCAGUUCUUGUGCAACAAAAAACAAAGAUUUGACUCGAAAAGAGUUUCAAAUUUAAAAGUUUACAGUUUUAGUUUCAACUUUACGCAUAAAAAUGGAUUUUUUGUUUGGCAAGAGGAAAACGCCUGAAGAGAUGUUAAAACAAAAUCAACGCGCUCUUAACCGGGCUAUGAGGUAAAUUCUGACCAAAUUUAUAUUUAUUUACAAAAAUAUUCAACAUGGACGUUGCUGUGUGUUUUUGUGAUGCUAAUGUAAGUUUGAGUACGAACUUUCCGUGUAAGUUUUGUGUUUAUAUUUAGGGAUCUUGAUAGAGAAAGAGGCAAACUAGAAGGUCAAGAGAAAAAAAUUAUUGCUGAUAUAAAAAAGAUGGCAAAACAAGGGCAAAUGGUAAUAUAUAUAGUGAUUGAAUUGAUAAAAUAAAUUUUGUUUUUUGUGGGAAUUUUGCAGUUUACCAUACCUGAGAAAUGCUGAAUAGGUAUACCAUCAAAAAUGUAUACUAUCAAAUACUGAAUUAUACACCAUUGAAAGUAAUAUGGGGGGGGUGAAUAGAUUUUCGGAUCGUCGGAUUUCACAGAAAAAAUUGUUCAGAUUUCGGAUCUGGUGAAUAUUUACAUGGAUUUGCAGAUCUUAUUAAUACAGCGGAUUGCGGAUUUAUCUAAUAUUUUGGCUUGGAUUGUGGAUUUAGCUUGCAAUUUAGUUUGUAUCCUGGAUUGUGACUUCAUAGUAGAGCUUUUAGCGGAUUCAAAUUGACAAGACCAUUGUCGGAUCGCAGAUUUUGCUUCAAAUUUGGGUGGGUCAGCGGAUUUGUAUACCCCUAUUCAACCCCCCCUAAUGCCAUCAAAUACAUGCAUUACUUGGGUAUGGUAGACAUAAAACUUUAAUAGAGUAUAAAAUAUGGUGGUUACAAUAAAGUAUUGUUUUCAAUGUCCAGGAUGCAGUGAAAAUUAUGGCAAAAGAUUUGGUCAGAACAAGAAAAUAUGUUAAAAAGUUCAUGUUGAUGAGAACAAAUAUACAAGCGGUUUCGCUUAGAAUACAGGUACAACAUUAUAACCAAUUGGACAUGUUACUAGCUGUACUAUUGUACUGGUACAUUGGAUUAUGGUUUGGUAACUCACAUUCUGAUAUUUUUACAAAUGUUUUAUCUCUAAGACUCUACGUUCAUCUAACCAAAUGGCGCAGGCAAUGAAAGGAGUGGCAAAGGUUUGAGAAUGUUUUUUCUCUAGAUGGGUCAUUCCAGAAAAUAUCCAUACCUCCCCCACAGAGGAAAUUGGAAGAUAAACUCCACUUUCCCUUUUGGAUGCCUUAUACAAAUUUUUCUCCCCUCCCCCUUGGGAUGACAGAAAGUUGCUCUGUGGGGGGAUUGAGUGUGGAUCUUUUCUGGAACGAUCCAUUAAUAUUGUCAGUUUUAAAUUAAUAUUGUCAGCCAAAGAAUGUUUAACAAACUUAUAUUUGCAUUGUUUCUACAGGCGAUGGGUACAAUGAAUAAACAGUUAAAAUUGCCGCAAAUACAAAAGAUCAUGAUGGACUUUGAAAAACAGGUUUGCAACAUUGACAUUUGACACCUAACCAAUUACAGUUGAUUUCAUGAAACUUUGACCACAAAUGUUCCAAACUUUGUUGUGAAGUUCGCAAGUUCAUAUUGGAAUUCACAAGCCAAUUUGUAAACAAAGUCCCUGAUUGGUUGUUGAAGUAAAAGAAGCCAAUCAAAUGCAUAGUUUACCAAGUUAAAUGAACUGGUUUGUGAACGAACGAACUUGUGAACUUUGCAACCAACUUGCGAACUUUGCAACUAAGUAUAUUUUCCCUGUCAAAAAGAACUCUUGUCAAUUAAUGUUAUUAUCGUAGUCUGAAAUUAUGGACAUGAAAGAGGAAAUGAUGAAUGAUGCUCUUGACGACGCUCUCGGAGACGAAGAUGAUGAAGAAGAGAGGUACAUUGUUAUUUCCUAAUGAGUUGUGAGUUCGUAUUGACAAGAGUACCAAAAUAUAUUUUGUUGUUGUAGUGAUGCAAUUGUCUCCCAAGUCUUAGAUGAGCUUGGCCUUCAACUAAAUGAUGAGGUUUGUUUAUAUUAUGUAUGUAUUUAAUAUGAAAUAAUUAUCAAAAUGUUAUUGAAAGAGAUCAACAAAUGUUCUAUUAAUUCUUUCUGUAUCCAGUUAACUGGACUACCACAAGCGAGUGGCGGCCUGGCUUCAACAAGUAAAGCUACGGCCAAGGAACCUGUCGCAGCUGACGCUGAUGCCGACUUACAAGCAAGGUGAGUUGAUAUAUCAUGAGCUAUUUGUAGCCGUGUUUAUUACUUUUAUAGUCAGGUGCUGUACAUAACUUAAAGACAAAUUCAGUGAUGGUUAUAUAGAUUAGAGCUGUGCGGUUCCAGAAAUUUCAUCUCGGUUCCGGUCUUUUGGGGGUGAAAGAACCUCAGUUCGGUGUCGGUAUUUUCAAGAGAAGGACAAUUCAAAGCAUUUGCUCAAUAAAUUGUAAUAUAACAUGAAAAUAAACAAACUUAUAAGUAAUAAGUUCUUUGUAUGUUUGCAUGGUGAUAAAAUAUAAUAGUUUUGUUUGUGGAAACACCGCGUAAUAAAUUAUGGUUUGGUAAUAAAUUAAUAAGUAAUAAAUAAAUAUAAUAAAUUAAUAAAUAAAUAAUAAAUUAAUAAAUAAUAAGUAAUAAAUUUACGUAAUAAAUAAUAAAGUAAUAAAUAAUAAAUUAAUAAGUAAUAAAUUAAUAAAUUUAAUAAAUUAAUAAUAAAUUAAUAAAUAAAUAAUAAUUAAUAAAUUGCAGUAAUAAAUUUACGUGGUGUUUCCACAAACAAAACUAUUAAACUUAUAAGUAGUUGAAAUGAAACAAAAUCAUCUCCAAACUACCGGUUCUUUUGUGCAUGUACAGAUGCCAACUUUUGGUUGCUAAAAAAGAACCACACAUCCUCUAUUGUAGAUACAAUUGAAAUUCUAGAUCCAGCUAUGCAAAAAUAUACAUACAUGCAAUCAGACUUUUAGCCAGAAGGAAGGGCGUCCUGGGACGCCCCUAGAACAAAAAAUGGACGCACAAAUUCUGGGGGGAAAGGGAAAUUAUUUUCCUAAGUAUAUUAAUAUAUCUGAAACGAAAUAGCUUCAAUUCUCAUUAUUAUUAUACAUUUGACAUUCUGAUCAGUUUGAUGGUGCACCUGGCUGAAUCAAAAUGUCGUAGUUAAGUAAAGAAGCAUAGCGGCACAAACUCACAAAGCCAAGUGUGUUUGAAAAUGUCGAAUGAGCUUGGAACAGAUACUGACAUGAAGUAACGUAAACUUCGACCCUUACUGUAGAUGUAUCAUUGUACCAAAAUUGGACACCCUCUUUUUACUGUCGUUCCAAUUGAAGUGUUGCUCAAAUAUUGAUUCAAUACAUUACCUCUGGCUGACCAAUUCAUUUGAUCAAGUUCCUCGAGAUAUUCAUACACUUCCUGUGAAAGAGCUAAUUCCAAGUAUUUGAUCAUUUCUGGUCACUUCCUUUCUAUUUAUGAUUGGUUAGUUGUGCAAACAACAAAAGUGAUUGGUGCAUUCAAACUAUUCAACAGGAAGUUUACAAUUAUACUAGGAAGUGUAUGAAUAUCUCGAGGAACUUGAUGAAAUGAAUUGGUCAGCACGAGGUAAUGUAUUGAAUCAAUAUUUGAGCAACACUUCAAUUGGAACGACAGUAAUAGGACCCUGGCUAACAUUUGUGCAUAAAAGUGUGAUCUUACAAAUCAUGCUUUUUGCUUUAAAAUGUUUUUUUCUUUCUAGGUUGGAAAAUCUACGACGAGAGUAACAAAAAUAGAAAUAUUCCCAACAUGUAUAUACAGUGAGGUUUGGUCAAGGUGUAUGUGAAAGUCAUCUUUGUCACAAUGUAUAUUGUAUAUAAUUUUUUCAUCAACUGUUGGUGGUACAUUUUGAUAUAUUAAGGCCAUAUAAAUCUAGAAACAUAUAGCCAUUCGACAAUGCUCGGAAUUCAAUGAAUGAAUUUCAUGAUGAAAGCAAAAUCAUACUUUUUGUACAGAAAAAAUAAGUACAUGUAUGUUAUAAUGAACAAAACUAUUAUUAACAAAUAAAUGUAUUUACACUGUGAUGUGUCCCAUCCCCCCUGUAAGUAACUAAAUAUGAUUUAGAUAUAUAGGAUUUUCUAGUUUUAAAUACUAAACUAAUUUCAAUAUUUUCUUCAAACAACACAAGACAAAAUCAUGUUUUUGUGCUUGUUUUUAAACUUAACUCUCUUAACAUUAAUGUAAUGCUACUAGCUUGUAGAAAUGUCAAUAGUUCACAGAGUGUUACUGAGGGCUACUAUUUAUGUUGCAUAUCGUUGAGUCCAUUCUUUUGCUAUUCGGUCGUGUUCGGCUCUGUUAUUUUGAUAUUGUGUUGCAACACUGCCCACCAAUGGAUCAUCUAAAAAAAAUAAUUUUAAAUUUCAGUUUUAUUUGUAAAUAAAAAAAAACAUUUAGUUUUUUAAAGAUAAGUGAAUGGCCAUAGUGGGCUAGUAUUUCUUUAAAAGAUAUAUACACUGAGUGUAAACAUAAAAAUAAUGGUCCAGCUUCUUAUAGGGAUCAAUAAUAAAUAUUAGAUCAGUGGGCAGAUACACAGCAGUCCAUUAUCUUAUGACAUCAGCAAGUGCACACAUCAGUCCAAUAUCUUAUGAGAUCAGUGAGUGCACAAACAAACAUAUUAUGAGAUCAGUGAUACGUACCUGGAUUACAGUCAGUCAAUAAGGAACAUAUUGAAAGUAAAACUUUUGAAAUUGUCAAAGCUGGGCUCCAAUUGUCUUUGAAAAUAUCCAAACAUAUUUGACCCUGAAAGAACAACAAAGACAGUUACAACCAAAUGUGGGACUUUAUACUGGAUAGUCCUAUCAGUUCUAAACCAAUCUCCCUAGAGGUCCACCAAAG